GUUUUUUCUAACACCAUUUUGAAUAUUUGAUUAUUGAUUUUUCAUUUAUUUCUUUCCCGUUCUUCUUCUUCUUCCGUCAACUCGCAUCGCAUCAAUGAGCGUGCCCGGUCGUGCCGGAGUUCGAGUCGUCGUCGUCGGCGACCGCGGCACCGGAAAAUCAAGCCUCAUAGCUGCUGCGGCGUCGGAUUCCUUCCACGACGCCGUUCCGCCCCUGCUUCCUCCCACUCUUUUGCCCGUCGAUUUGUACCCCGACAACGUUCCCAUCACCAUCAUCGACACAUCCUCCAGCUUGGAGAAACAAGCAAAGCGAAAUGAAGAAUUGAGAAGAGCUGAUACCGUGGUUUUAACAUAUGCUUGCAAUGAUCCGCAGUCGUUUUCGCGGUUGGGUUCUUACUGGAUUGAGGAACUGCGGAGGUUGAAGGUGGAUGUACCUGUAGUUGUAGUUGGUUGCAAGUUAGAUCUGCAGGAUGAAAGCCAGCAUGUGAGUUCGGAGCAACUCAUGAAAGAGCUUCUACUACAGAACGAGCAAAUUGUCACCUGCAUUGAAUGCUCUGCUUCUACACUAUACCAGGUCCCUGAAGUUUUUUAUUUUGCACAAAAAGCGGUACUAUAUCCUGUACAUCCAUUAUAUUGUCAUGAAAGUCAGGCUUUAACAGAUCGAUGCGUAAGGGCAUUGAGAAGAAUAUUUGUUCUUUGUGACUCUGACAUGGACGAUGCUCUUAAUGAUGCAGAACUAAACGAUUUCCAGGUUAGAUGUUUCAAUGUGGCAUUGAAAUCAUCUGAAAUAGAAGGGAUAAAAACAGUUGUACAUCAGAAUGUACCUGAAGGAAUCAACUCGCGUGGUCUUACUUUUCCAGGAUUUCUUUAUGUCCAUACUAUGUUCCUAAGGCAACAGCGUGCUGAGGCAUUAUGGGCUGUUUUAAGAAGCUUUGGAUAUGAUAUUGAUUUGAAGCUCCAGGAUCAUUUCCUUCUUGUUCCAUCUAAGAAUGCUUCUGAUCAGAGUGUGGAACUGACAGGUGAAGCUGUAGAGUUUCUAUAUGGUAUCUUCCGACUGUUAGACACGGAUAAAGAUCGGGCCCUACAACCUGCUGAAGUUGAUAAGCUAUUUUGUACUGCUCCAGAAAGUCCAUGGAAUGAUUCUCCAUAUGCGGAUGCUGCGGAGAGAACUGACAUGGGUUACAUAUCUCUUAAUGGAUUUCUGUCCCAGUGGGCCCUUAUGACAUUACUUGAUCCACCACGUAGCCUAGCCAAUUUGAUUUAUAUUGGAUAUAGUGGUAAUCCGGCUGCAGCACUCCAUGUUACUCGUAGAAGAUCAGUAGAUCGCAAGAAGCACGCAACAGAAAGGAAUGUGUUCCAAUGCUAUGUUUUUGGUUCAAAAAAUGCAGGGAAAUCUGCUCUGUUGGAUGCAUUCUUGGGAAGGCAUUUUUCGACCAAUUAUACUCCGACUACAGUUGAGAAGUUUGCUGCAAAUGCUAUUGAGUUAAUUGGGGGAACUAAGAAAACUCUUGUAUUGCGGGAGAUACCAGAGGGUGAAGUAUCGAAAGUAUUGUCAAAUCAGGAUUGUUUGGCAGCAUGUGAUGUGGCUGUUUUUGUAUAUGACAGCUCAGAUGAGUCUUCAUGGAAGAAAUCCAGAGAUUUGCUUGAGAAGGUUGCUAUGCAAGGAGAUCUGACUGGCCACAGAGUUCCUUGCCUCCUUAUUGCUGCUAAGGACGAUUUAACUCCAUACCCAAGGGCAGUCCAAGAUUCAGUGAAGGUUACUGAGGAAUUGGGAAUAGAGGGACCUAUUCAUGUGAGUAUGAAAUCAGGUGAUUCAAGUAAUGUGUACAACAAAAUUAUUAGUGCUGCAGAACACCCUCAUUUAAGCAUUCCAGAGACUGAGAUUGGGAGGAAAAGAAAGCAAUACCGCCGGCUUCUUCAGAAUUCUCUUAUUUACGCCUCAGUUGGGACUGCUGUGGCAGUUGUUGGUGUGGCCGCAUUUCGUGUAUAUGCAAUGAAGAAGAACUCUUCUGCGUAGUAGUCAUCUGGCAACUUCAUGCUAAUAGUGCUGCUGAUGUAUCUGUUGAAUUUGUGCUCAGUAUUUUGCUGAGAAACCUUAAGUAGAAUACAUUUUGUGUAGCAAUGUCUAUUUUUUUAUUUUUUUUGCAUUGAUAGCUUGUUAUAUAAUUUCCUAGAUAUGAUUAUUAACCUUUUGCAUUCAGUGUGAUUUUCAUUUUGAAUAGGGCAAA